AUGGAAGUUGCUCUUCGGCAUUCACUUCUUCCGAAUCGCACUUGGCUUCUUCCCUCAAAGAUUGUUGCUUCUUCAUUGAUGGCUUCUUCAAAACCAUGGAAUACUGAUCCAAUUUCGCUGGAAAAGAAAAAACUUCGGAAAGAAAUUGCUGAUCUUGUAGCUCAGGUGACACCGACUGAUAUCGAGAAUCAAAGCGCCGUUGUUACUGCAAAGGUUCUGUCUUCCUUAUGGUUCAAGAAUGCAAAAAGAAUUUCUAUUUACACCCAUGCACCUGGUGAAAUCCAAACAGACAAAAUCGUUGAAGAAUCACUGAAACAAGGAAAAGAAGUGUUCUUACCGCAGUUCCAACGUGGAAAUAUCCAUAUGCGAAUGCUCAAACUUCCCUCCUAUGAUGCUUUCGCCGGAAUGAAACCCUAUCUCUGGGGCAUCCGACAACCGAGCUUGGACGAUCACUGGGAACCAUACGAAGAUUCAGGACCACUCGAUUUGAUUCUAAUGCCUGGAGUUGCAUUCACAAAAAAUGGUGCGAGACUUGGUCAUGGAAUGGGUUACUACGACCGAAUGCUGAACGACCAUCAGAAACGCUUCGGCCAAAUGCCAAAUCGCUAUGCGUUGGCUCUCGUACAACAGAUGGUCGACAAUGUCCCACUAUGCAAUACAGACGUCCCACUCGACGGUGUGAUUCGAGCAGAUUGA